CGUAACGACCUUAGUGUUUGGUUCACUCGGGCAAAGCGGCAGGUGUUGGCCUGAGACUACUGAGAAAACAGCCUUUUACAGAUGCUUUUAAUACACAGUUUUGCAUUCUCUGAUCCCAGUAUUAGGCAAUUGGAAAAUGGACCAAUUUUGACAAGAUGUAGUGCUGCAGUGUGCCUGAUGGGAUAUGUUCAGUCAUGGCAUCUGAACUCUGUAAGACGAUCUCUGUGGCAAAGCUGGAAAAGCACAAGAAUUUGUUCUUAAAUUAUAGGAAUCUGCACCAUUUUCCAUUGGAGUUACUGAAAGAUGAGGGACUACAGUACUUGGAGAGGCUCUAUAUGAAAAGGAACUCCCUUACAACCUUGCCAGAAAACCUUGCUCAGAAGCUUCCAAACCUUGUGGAACUGUACCUUCACUCAAAUAACAUAGUCGUAGUCCCAGAAGCCAUUGGAUCCCUCGUAAAACUCCAAUGUUUGGAUCUUAGUGACAAUGCCUUACAAAUUGUUUGCCCAGAAAUUGGUCGUCUAAGAGCUUUACGUCACCUUCGAUUAGCUAAUAACCAACUGCAAUUCCUACCUCCAGAGGUUGGCGAUUUGAAGGAGCUGCAGACACUAGACAUUUCUACCAAUCGUUUGCUAACUUUACCCGAGAGGCUUCACCUGUGCCUUUCUCUGCAGUACCUCACCGUGGACCGAAAUCGUCUAUGGUGCGUGCCGCGCCAUCUCUGCCAGCUGCCCAGCCUCAAUGAGCUCUCCAUGGCUGGAAACCGUCUUGCAUUUUUGCCACUUGAUUUAGGUCGAUCUCGAGAACUACAAUACGUGUACGUGGAUAACAACAUUCACCUGAAAGGCUUGCCGUCCUAUCUGUAUAAUAAAGUCAUCGGGUGCAGUGGCUGUGGGGCUCCCAUUCAAGUUUCCGAGGUAAAGCUGCUUUCUUUCUCAUCGGGGCAGCUAACUGUUUUCCUGCCUGCCGAGGUGAAGGCCAUAGGGACAGAGAAUGACCAUGUUCUGCCUCUGCAAGAGCUGGCCAUGAGGAGUCUCCAUCACACCUACCACACUUUUCUUAAAGAUUUGAACUUUCUGUCUCCAGUCUCGUUACCCAGAAGUCUCCUGGAGCUGCUGCACUGCCCCCUGGGGCACUGUCACCGGUGUAGUGAGCCCAUGUUUACGAUUGUCUACCCCAAGCUCUUUCCCUUGAGAGAGACGCCGAUGGCAGGGCUGCACCAGGGGAGGACAACAGUUAGUUUUGUGGCUUACUGCUGCUCCACCCAGUGUCUGCAGACUUUUGACCUACUGAGUUGAUAAACACUCAAGAGCCUCAGGAGUUUUGCCAACUUGACACUGCAGUGGCCUGCAUAUUGUACGCUGUUUGUGUGGCAGAGGGACAGGACAGUCCAGCCUGGCGGAACAGGCCCUCACAUCCUGUCCUGUCAAAUGCGGGGGACUACAGAACUCUCUGGAAAUGUCAUGAUUGAGCUUCAGAGCUGAAAUGCCUUCACUCUUCCCCCCAAGUUGGAAUAUAUCCUCCCCCAAAUUAAGGA